AUGGAUGUGAACAUCUAUCCACAGCCUCUAUAUCUUCUACUCGGCGCCGUUGCCAUCUUUGAAGCCUCUCUCUUCUAUCUCCCGCCGCAUUCCUUGUACCGCGCCGCAGCUAUCGCUCUACUCGCGGCCGUAACCUACAGCUUCCAGCUCAGCCUCCUGGAAUACGUCCCAAAUCGUGCCUUUAUAUCUCUCACGCUGGGCGCAACUUGGACUACAUUCUUGAACGCCUUUGAGAUCCUUAUCGUGUCAAAUGUCGGCCCUCAAGACUCCGGCCUUCAAUUAGGCGGCCCUGGAAAGCCCAUCGGCCAGGCAUUUCGGGCAGCCGCAUUGCCAUUCAACUGGCGGCGCAUCGGAACCAAGUGGCAGAUCAAGGUCUCAACCUCGACGGAAGACGGCUCCAUAUCUGGGCGUGUGCGUUUCCUUCUCAAGAGACUGGGCGUCCUUAUGGCCUGCUAUCUUUUUAUAGACCUCUGCGCCGCUGGUCCUCCACCAGACCCAGACAUGUUUACAAGAGAGAAGCAAACUAUCUCGUAUCUGCUCGCUGGCAAUGGGGCAACCUCAGAAGACGUUGGUUUUCGAGUGAUCACCACCAUAGUCUUUCUAAUCAACGCAGCCCUCGGCGUAAUCGGAGUCUACAACCUUUUAGCAAUUGUUGCUGUUCUUUGUGGCGACCAGCCACAGAGCUGGCCUCCCAUCUGGCAGGGCUGGCCGAGUCAAGCGUAUUCCGUAAGAAGAUUCUGGGGUAAUUACUAUCACCAAGGUCUUCGCAAGGCGCUUACCGGACCUGCUGACUGGAUUAUUGAUUCGGUUGUUCCUCGUGGGAGCUUAAUCUCGCGAUACUCGCGGCUUGCUCUCGCAUUCUCGCUAUCUGCAAUGCUACACCACCAGUCUGAGGGAUCUGAAACUGGACAAUUGAUCUUCUUCAGCAGUCAGGCACUUGGUAUCAUACUAGAAGAUACAGCCCACAAGCUGUAUAGCUUCAGCCCCAUACAGCUCCCUCGACGCAUCGAGCACGCCUUUGGGUACCUCUGGGUGCUGGUAUGGUUGGUUUGCCUCGUGCCAUACUGGUCUUAUUCUACAAUGCGCACAAUGGACGACCCUGUGAGGGACCAAGCGACCUUUGGGGUUUUCAAGAAGAUCUUAUCCAAGUAG